CCUCUCAUUAUGCUCUUCAAACCAGACGAAAACUCCGCCUCGCCAAUUAUGUAACAAUGAAGAUGGCCAAAGACGCCUUUCAUUGGCAUGUCUUCUCACAGACGGGAAGGAGUCCCCUUGCUAGAGUUUAUCCGGAGGAGUUAUCGACGUCAAUCCACUAGGAUAUAAAAUCGCGGGGUCCUGCACUUUCCACAACCCCGCCAAACUAAACCUCACUUCCCUAACUUCAAAAUGACAAUCGGCGUAGCAAUAAUCGGCAGUGGCAUCUUCGUCCGCGAAGAGCAUCUGCCAGCAGUGCACGCUUGCUCCCUCCUCACGCUUAAAGCCGUCUAUUCGCGCUCUCUCAAGUCUGCCAAAGCUCUCGAAACCAAUGUAGGCCUCUACUCCGACGAUGCAGGCUCUGGAAAGACGUACCAUGACCUCCUGCUUCGCGAUGACAUCCAUGCCGUCAUCCUCGCGCUACCAAUCAUGACCCAGCCAGAAUUUAUCGAGGCCGCACUUGCAGCUGGAAAACAUGUCUUGGCUGAGAAGCCCAUUGCAGCCGAUAUACACAGAGCGGAGAAACUGAUUGCAUAUUAUCAGAGUGACAAAGUGAAAGGAGGUGCGACGUGGGCUGUUGCGGAGAAUUUCCGCUUCCUAGAGAGCUUUGAAUAUGGGAGGGAAGAGAUCGAGAAGCUGGGCAAGAUAUUGGGUUUCAGAGUGAAGAUGUUUGCCAAUGUGAAGCCUGGCGGGAAAUGGAUUGAAACUCCAUGGAGGAAGAAGCCGGAGUAUCAAGGAGGAUUCUUACUUGAUGGCGGGGUACAUUUCGUGGCUGGCACAAGGAAAUUACUGGGUUCUGAUUAUUGCACUGCACUAACAGCCUAUUCGACUCUGCUUCAAGAACAUCUUCCUCCGGUCGAUACGGUUAACUCGGUUUGGCAGACAAAGUCUGGUAUCUCCGGGACAUUCUCCGUUUCUUUUGGCACGACGUUAUCAGGCGGCGAGUACACUGUGGCUUGCGAGAAAGGGAGUGUCACGAUCAUCCGAGAUAGGGUCAUUGUUAGACAAGGAGAAGAAUCAGAGGGCAAGAGCUCAGAGAUCAACUUUGCAGACAAUUUGCAUAAUGCUGGAAGUGGUGUGAAGCCAGAAGUUCAAGCUUGGGCUGAGGGUAUCGAGGCCGGGAAACCAAACCCGAACCAGUCACCUGAGCAAGCUUUAGGAGAUCUAGAGAUCUUGGAAAAGAUGUUAAAGAGUGGAGAAGCAAAUGGACAACCACAGACUCUGAAAUAUCAGAAUUAAAUACAUAUCUUUGUUUGAAAUUCACUUGGUGCCG